AUGCUGCUCUCAUUGGCAGGCUUUGUGGGCGCCUGCUUUCGAGUCACUUCUUUGCUCUGGCUUUAUCUCUUCUUUAUGCUGCUUCUCAUUCUCGCUUACUUGGGAUGUAUCAUUUUUGCCUUUGCAGUCACUGGUAAAGGUGAAGGCCAUCCGGUAAUAAACACUGGCUUUAGUGAGUACAAGCUUGAGGAUUUCUCUCAGUGGAUGCAGGACCGCGUCAGGGAUUCCGGUAGCUGGCAUAAUAUCAGGUCGUGUGUUCGAGAUGCUAAGGUGUGUAAGAAGCUCGGUGAUAAGACGAUGUAUAUGGGCGCUGCCGGGUUUUAUCAGCAGCAUUUGAAUCCCAUUCAGUUUUCUUCAGUGUAUACAUGGAUGCCUUCACUCCCCCUUGCUGCAGCUGUAGGAACGCCUCUCGGCAUAAUUAGUACUGUAGCAUAG